GAUUUGGCUCUUGAAGAGUUAAGACGUGUUUAAAGUGUGUCUCUCUUUUUUAGUGUGAUGUCUUUUGUCGUUGACCUUAUUAAGCAUAUCGCUGCCUUACUCGGAAUUUUUCGGGAGAAAGGUAACGAUGAACUACUUCGGAAAGGACUUCGCGAGUGUACUAAGGCUACUAGGCAUAUAAAUUAUGCAUUAAAAAAUGCUUCGACGGUUGCCGAAAAACAAAAAUUACAAGCCGCUCUUAUUAAUGUGAAAACUCUAAGGCAACAAUUUCAAUUAAAACAAAAGAAAGGGGCGGGUCUCAAUAAAAAGAAAGCGACUGCCUGUUCUCGCGUCGAAUGGGAAGAUUUGCACUCUGCUUUCGAUUCUCGCGUUAGAACGGGCGUUAUUAUCAACCUUCAUCAUACGGAUCCGAAACUGUUUUUGAAUGACUGUAAGGCCUUGUUCAAAAGACGAAUUCAGAAUAUGCUGAAAAAGGUUGAUGCCUUGAAGGUUAAUGGUGUGUUUUCUGGAGAGUUUACUAUCAAUAAAGCAGAUCAGGUAAAGACCGAAUUAAAAUAUUUAAAUACUAAAAACGGAAUAAUUUAUAAAGAUUACAAUUUAGAUGAUUGGUUUGUUAAUCAUAUUCAAAAUUCUUUGCUAGUUGAAUUGGAAGAAUUUCAAGAAAAAGAUAGCGGUUGGGCGUUAUCUGAAAUUAAAAAUUUAACAGUAAAUAUAAAUAAAUAUAAUCCUUUAAGAGCAGGUACCUAUAUCGAUCUUCCCACACAAAUAAAAAGAAAAGAGGCUUGUGUAAAUGUCCAAAAUUCCGAUGAUAUGUGUUUUGCGUGGGCCGUACUAUCAUAUCUGUAUCCUGCACCAUCAAAAAUUGCUGAUAGAACUUCUUCUUACCCAGAUCCUCAAAAAGUACUUAAUUUAAAAGGCAUUCAAUUUCCUAUGACUCUUAAACAAAUUCCCCGAUUUGAAAAACAAAAUAAUUUAUCGAUUAAUGUAUACAGGUUGGAACAAUUAAAUAAAUCUUUCAGCGUUAUUCCUACUCAUCUAACUAAAAAUAAACUAGAACGGCAUAUCAAUCUCCUUAUGAUACAAGACAAUUAUUUCAGUUCAGAUAACGAGGAGCAAAUAUUUACUCCUGUUAAAUUUCAUUAUGUAUGGAUCAAAAAUUUAUCGCGUUUAGUUUCAAGCCAGAUAAACAAGGACUGUAGAAAAAAAAUUAUAUGUGACAGGUGUCUUCACUAUUUCUAUGAUGAAGACAAAUUAAAUUUACAUUUAAAAGACUGUAUAAACCAUAAUAGUGGCCCUCUUCCAAAACUUCCACAAAACGAUAAAAAGUGGAUUGAAUUUAAAGAUUUUUCAUUUAAAACUAAAGUUCCUUUCACAAUUUAUGCCGACUCUGAAUGCCUUUUAAUACCCACCGAAGAUAACAAAAUUAAAAACACUCAAAAAUAUCAAUCACAUAUACCGUUUAGCGUAGGAUACUAUGUUAAAUGUGAUUACGAUGAUUCGCUCUCGUUUUAUAAAUCGUACACAGGACCGGACUGUAUUGAAUGGUUUGUUAAAGAACUGUUUGAUUUCGCCGAAAAUGUGGAAACGGUUUUCCUUUGCGAUUUGCCUAUGGAUCCCUUAACACAACAACAAACGCGAGCUUUUUUAAAUUCUAAAUUAUGUCAUAUAUGUGAAUCUCCUUUUAAUACCGAUGAUAAAAAAGUUAGAGAUCACUGCCAUCUAACGGGGAGAUAUCGAGGUGCGGCCCAUGAAAAAUGCAAUUUAAAUUUUCAAGAUAAACAUAUAGUCCCCGUUUUAUUUCACAACUUUAGUUCGUACGACGGACAUCUGCUGAUUAAGGCCCUGGCAGAAGUAGAAGGAUCUAUUGAUGUAUUGCCCGUCAAUAAAGAAAAAUAUAUAUCAGUAACUAAACAUGUGCCCGGAAAUUUUGUUCAAUUUAGGUUUCUAGAUAGUUUUAGAUUCAUGGCAUCAAGCCUGGAUACUUUAGCUUCUAAUCUAUCGGAAUAUCCAAUUCUAAAGUCGGAAUUUCCACACUUAAACGAAGAACAUUUCAAUUUGCUUACUCGAAAAGGUAUUUUCCCAUAUGAUUUCAUGGAUGAUUGGAAUAAACUGAAUGAAACUCAACUACCUCCUAAACCCGCCUUUUACAAUAAAUUAAAUGAUUCAUAUAUCAAUGAUAAAGAUUAUGCGCAUGCUAAAACAGUUUGGAAUAUUUUUAAUUGUCAAAAUAUGCGUGAUUAUUCAGAACUGUAUAUGAAAGUAGAUAUUCUUUUACUGGCUGAUAUCUUUGAGCAGUUUAGAACUACGUCCCAUAAAACUUAUUGUUUGGAUCCAGCUCACACUUAUACUCUUCCCGGAUACGCUUGGCAAUGUAUGUUAUUUCAAAUGAGGAAAUCUGAUAUUAAAAAACUUGAACUCCUUACAGAUUUGGAUAUGGUACUCUUCAUUGAAAAGGGAAUUCGGGGCGGUCUGAGUCAAUGCUCGAAAAGGUACGCUGAAGCGAACAAUAAGUACAUUCCAUCGUACGACUCCUCUAAAGACGAAACCUAUCUUAUGUAUUUCGAUAUUAAUAAUCAAUACGGGUGGGCCAUGUCACAAUACCUUCCAUAUGGCGGUUUUAAAUGGCUUAACGAAAAUGAAAUUUCAAAUUUAAAUAUUCAGAAUAUUAGCAAUGAGUCAAAUAAGGGAUAUAUAUUAGAAGUCGACCUGUAUAUUCCAUCCGAGGUGCAUGAUUUCUUUUCUGAUCUACCCCCUUGUCCUGAACAUGAUAUACCUAAAGGGUCUAAAAAUUCUAAAUUAUUAGCCACGUUAUAUGAUAAAAAAGAAUAUGUGUUCACUAUAAAAAUUUACAACAAGCUUUAG